AUGACGGCGUUCGCCAUCGCCGAGAUCAAGGCGCUGGUGCGGCAGCCGCAGCGCGUGCAGGCUCAGCAGCUCCUGGAGCGCUUAGCUGCCGCUGUUUUGCCGAUUCUGACCCGCAGACGCUUCCACGUGCGGCGACUACACGAGUUUUUCCCCAAGGAUGGCGCUCUACUGGGCAUGAACGUCAACCGAGGCGCUAAAAUCUACGUUCGUUUGAGACUUAAACAUGCACCUGAUACGUUUUACCCCUACGAGGCUCUACUAGAAACGUUGCUGCAUGAGCUCACGCACAUGGUGCAUGGGCCGCACAACGAGGCGUUUUACACUUACCUAGAGGAACUCAAAGCGGAGAUGGAGUCGCUUAUGGUGCGAGGUCUCGUAGGUGAGGAAGGCGCCAAGUUUGCAGAUGCAGGAACAGGCCAGCGACUUGGCGGCAGCAGAGUCAGCGCACCAGCUCGCGUCGCAGCAGUACUCGCAGCCAAGCGUAGAGAACAGUACACCUCGCUACUUGGGGGCAAGAUAAAUCAUCGGCUUGGAUGA